AUGGGCGCUGACAGUCAUGAUCGAUCGGCGGCUCAUUGUAGACGACCCCCGCCGUGCACCCUCCUCUUCGUCGUCACUCCCACCACCACGUCGAAUUGCUUCAUCUCGAAGCAGGUCAGUCACUCCGAGCUGCAAAUUCCCCGUCCUCUCGGGCGUGCGAGCGGACGAGUGGCAUGGUCCAUCACCGUGGUGGUACGCGCUAGGUGCCGGCGACGGGAGCUGACUUUUUCAACCUUCCCGCCUUCCCUGCAGUCGCUCGCGCCGCGGACCCGCCCUUGCCCCAUUUGCUCUUCCACGUUGCGUCGCCCUUUCCACGAGCGACGUGCACCAACACCCCUUCCCGCUCUCGUUCUCGCGUAGAGUGAGUUGCGCUUCCCUCGUCCCCCACCUGGGUGGUGGUGGUGCAAGUUGCAACCCCCACAUGCAGCUCGUCCCGCGCGCGCUCGACGGACGACCGCUCGGGCCCCUCCGCUCGUCGCUGACCUCACCUCCCCCGGGCUGACACUAUGAUUCGCUACCCCCUCACCUUGCAGCUUCUCUUCGCUCCUCGCCCCUGCCCCCUCGCCCUCGACUCCAUUCCUUCUCAUCUCGAGCAAGUUUGACACCGGUACAUCGUGGUUCUCUGACCUUCUCCGCCGCCGGUCGCUCGGGUCACGGCCGGAUCACCCCUUUGCCCGGUCCGGAUCUCGCUGUGCUGGGCCGACUGACCAUGCGGUACCUUGGAACUGUGUGGGCAUAUUUUCAAGCACAGAGUGAUCUCUGCCUAGAGCGAUUCGCUCGUCCGCAGUCCGGUCAGUCGAGAUUCCCACAUCCAUCUCCGCAGCGACAUCCUCGCGCUGCCCAACUCGAAUCGCCUCGCCGAGUCGCUGGCCUUCCUUCGGCGAAUCCUCGUCAACGUCGUCCCCUGCCCGGUACUCGUCGUCACCGGCGCCAAGGCGUACGAGCUCGUCACUCAGUUCCUCUACCGCGUGAAAAUUGCCUCGUCCGUCGCCCGCGACGCCUUUGCAGGGUUGGAUUCGAGCAAGCUUCAGCCGGACAUGGUCGAGGUGCCGCAACUGCGCCCCUGGGCAUCGCUCGGCCCCGAGCUGUUCACGGAAUUGGUCGGGACGACACGCGUCGUCGAGAUUGCUCCAAGCAUCUGGCGUCUCGUCGUUGUGCAAAUACACCCCGAUGCCCAACACCUCGCGCCGCUUCGCCAACACCUCGCGGUCUUGACCGAACUUCUUGUCCGUAUCGUCGACCAAGCCGUGGCCGAGGGGGACUUUGGGAUGCUGGAUGAGGCUUCGGCGGUGCGGCUACGCAUGGAGUGCGAGCGACGUUCCGUCGCAUCGGGUCUCGCCGACCGGUUGCGGCGACAGCGGGCUCUCGUGGCCGACGCGAUGCUCACCAACAAGAGUUUUGCCGGUGUUCGUGCCCCUACGACCGCAGAACAACGUGAGCGCGUAUCCCGCACGUUCAAGGAGGCGAUCGAUCGGUGAGGUCCAUCCGCUCCUUCGACGCCCAGUUCGGCGCUCGCAGCUGACCUCGGAACGUUUUCUGCCGCUCGAUCGGGACGUUCAGGCAGAACCAGAAGCUAGAGAUGUUUUCGCCGCCCCAAGUCCAGGGCGCGCCAACAACAAAUGGACUUCCUGAUCAGGAUGUACGAACGCGCCAAGGACAGGGGGGAGGACCUCGGGGGGGCACCCGAUUCUGCCGACGGUGGGGGACUCGGCUCCGGGCUCGACGAGGUGGAAGAGGUGGUUCCUGACCAGGGAACGAGGCAAGAUGAUCGUGCGUCCGGCCUAUGGGGCUCACGGAGCUCAGGCCGGCGUCGUUCGUCGCCAAAAUGAUCCCGACGAAGCGGCUCGGCAGUCGGCAAAGAAGAGCGAGGCGAUUCGGAAGAGAAGGGCGACGGCCCCCCUAACGGACGGCUUCAUCUACCCCAAGAGCACAAGGCCGGCGGCGCAUUCCCGACGGGCCAAUUCCAGGGCGAUGCAAAAGAAAGCGUCGCACGCAUCGCGGCAGAAGAAGUUUUCGACGUUCCUCGACCAGGUCCACGCGGGCGACAAAGAUGUGAGUGGCGCUCCCUGCCAAUUCGGGUGUCCACACGGGCGGCUCACUCUGGGUUCUUCCUCCCGGCACUCCAACACUAGACCGAGAUCAUUACAGCCCACCGCAAGAAUUUUCUGAGCAUAGGGAUGCACAAGGGUGUCCCCCUCAGAUUCCCCGUUUCCGUCCUGCUCGACAAGGACCGGUUCCCCCCCAAGCCCGCCUGCGCGAGUUUCGACUUUCGUCGACGUGGCACCGUGAACAACAAGGCGUGGACCGCCCGUUUUCGACUCUUCGCGAACGCCGCCGACCGCAGCCAGGGCUACCCCAUCACCCAGGAGCUCCUGUGCGAGAGGUGCGCAGGCCCCGACACGCGUAGGGAUUUUGUCCCCCAACGCGGCCGCCCGCGCCGGCAGUACCAGUUCACGUCAGCUGCCCGCAAUAGCGGGGACUUUUUAUGGGAGGUCCUGCACGAGGCGUUCGGCGAUGAAGAUGACGGUUGGGUUUCGGACAGAGGGGGUGAAACCGACGAUGAAGACGAAGACGACGUAGAUAACGACGACGUCAUCAUCGUCGUGUCCGAAGAGGGAGACGAAGACGAAGACGACGACGGCGUCCGUGGCGAGCUCGCGGACCCCGCAGGCGACGUGGAAGAGGAUGUCGUCGACGACGGGGAAUCCUACGACAUCGUCGAAGAGGACUUCGACAAUUUUUUCGCUCGAUUGACCUGCUCCGAAGCUGCUCCCGAAGCCCCGGUAGCAGACGCGUUCUCGCUCUCGCCUUCACCUCCCCCCCACCCCGUUUCCAAUCUCCCCUUCUCCGCAACCGGGGUGUCGCCGCCCUCGUCUCGACCCGACGUAGGAGCCAUCGAAGCGUCGGAUGAUGCUGAGCUUGACUCUGUCGAGAAUUUUCCUGUCGCGGGAGCCGUCGUGACAUCGACUUUGGGCCCCGAGUUCGGUCCGGUCCCACCACCUCGCGUCGGCCCUGCACCCAGUUCGGACGAGGAUUGGGCCGCCGCCUUGCGUAAUCGCGACCCGUCGAUCCGCGAAGGGAAGCGCAAGGCAGACGCCCCGACCCCGGACGGCGACGAGUUCGAGGCGUCCUGGAGCGACGAUUACGUGGCCGACGAAAAUCUCCCCGCUGUGCUGGCCCGCCUGCAACAUGAGCCGAGCUUCAUGGACUACGUCUCCGACGAAGAUCUUCCGGCGGUCCUCGCGUGGAUCCGUGGAGCCGAUCAUACCCCACGUACGCUGCUGUUCCGUGCCGAUGCGUCGACGUCGAACCUGCACGCGGUCUCGCCUGUGGCGUCAACCUCGGCUCUCGUUGCGCCACCUCAUAUCGAGCGAGGAGCCACUCCACGAUCGGUGCCAGCCGGCGAGGUCGUCGACGACGAGGUCGUCGACGACGAGGACGACGAUCGAGUCGAGGCUUGGUGGCAGGACCCUGUCGCCGCCGCCGAGUUGUUCGGCAUCCUCGACAAAGCCAUAGGCUCGGCCGAUGCAACGCCGCUUCCACCUCCUACACCGUCGCCCUCGUCGCAGAAGAGACCGGCCCGACUGUCGUCGUCCGAGGCUUCGUCGUUGACGGCGUCCCCUCCACGCUCCCCGUUGUCGGUGCCCUCGCCGAAGCACAAUGCCAGGCCUCGUCCCAACCCACGCUCGCGCGCCGCCCACGGCACCGGUGCUCGCGCAGCGCCUCGACGUUCUGCCGCUUUGACCCCUCUUCGCGGGCCGACCUGCGAGGUCAUCGUGCUCGAAUCCUCCGAAGAGUCGGAGGACGACGACCGCGAGAUCUUCGUCGUCGGACCGACCCUAGCAAGACCCGCUGGCACCUCGGUCGCGGUCGGUGCGGCUCGCCCCGCGGCCUCGACUGCGCGUGCGUUGACCAGUCCGCUCACUCGCGGCGCUCCGCGCCGACCACCUCCUCGCCCGCGCGUGCUUGUUCCCGAUUCGGACGAAGACCUCGAGAUAUUCGUCGUCGGGCCCACCCUGGCAGGACCCGCUUGCACCUCGGUCGCGGUUGGUGCGGCUCGCCCCGCGGCCUCGACUGCGCGUGCGUCGACCAGUCCGCUCACUCGCGGCGUUCCUCGCCGACCACCCCCUCGCCCGCGCGUGCUCGUUCCCGAUUCGGACGGUGGAGAAACGGACGAAUCGAUCCGAAAUUAUAGUGACGUGGACAAACGGGGUGGGUCCGAGGAAGAAGACGAGAUUGAAGGGUUCUCGGACGAGUCGGGGGGGACGGGGUCCAGGGUCCAGGGUCCCCAAACGGCCCCGCACGCGGCGAUGAAGGGUGUUGGUGUGGGCAAGGAGGGGCCGUGCUACUGUAGGGGCUAUUUUGAUUGCUGUAGGGUCAUUCGGUUCUCUCGGUAA